GGACCACUACUGGAGAAAGUUGCUUCCUCUGCUGGGACAGCCUGGACUAUUGGAAAUAGAGCGUGUUGCAUAGGAAAACGGAGGAAAUCCUUAGUGUUUUCUUUUACUGAAACGAAAUAUUCGAUGAGGCUUGUUGGAUCUCAGUCCCAAGAUAUGGAAGAGCGUCUCUCCCCAUCUGCGCGCUUGGUUCGCAGUCCUGGAUCCCAAACGAGGAUCCACAGCAUUGAAUCCAUUUUGGGAUUUAAAGGAGAGAAUAUCUUCCACCCGGCGUUUUCUUAUGGAUCCGGGAAGCAGGGCAAAGACGCUGAGCAUUUGUCUUCCCCCAAAAAGGACUCCAGUAAUUCCAAAAACUUUGAAGGUGUCUGUAGAUCUGCCGUCAUGGUCAGUCCGGAUCUACCGGAUGCGGAUGGUGGUAAAUUAUCGGACGAUGAAAAUCCCAAGAAAAAGCACCGGCGAAACCGGACCACGUUCACCACCUUCCAGUUGCACGAACUCGAGAGAGCAUUUGAGAAGUCGCAUUAUCCUGACGUGUACAGCAGAGAGGAGCUGGCGCUCAAGGUCAACCUGCCGGAGGUUCGAGUGCAGGUGUGGUUCCAAAACCGCCGUGCGAAGUGGCGACGUCAAGAGAAGUUGGAGGUGAGCUCCAUCAAGCUGCAGGAGUCCUCCAUGCUGUCCAUCCCCAGAUCGGGUCCACUGUCUCUGGGUAGCGGCCUGCCGUUAGAGCCCUGGCUAACCGGACCGAUCACCUCCUCCAGCUCUCCCCUGCAGUCCCUGCCCAGUUUCAUCACCCCUCAGCAAGGAGUCCCAGCCAGCUACACCCCUCCGCAGUUCCUCAGCUCAUCCACGCUCAACCACCCUCUGCCCCAUAUAGGGGCGGUUUGCCCUCCUCCACCAGCGUAUCAGUGCUCAGGCUUUAUGGAUAAAUUUUCACUAGAAGAGGCAGACCCACGAAACACAAGUAUCGCCUCGCUAAGAAUGAAAGCGAAGGAACACAUCCAGUCUAUAGGGAAGACGUGGUAGACUGACGAUGAUGCUGGACUGAGACACUCAGAGACUUGUUUGCAUCUCCUUUAGCUUUCUAAUCAGACUCUGCUUGAAGAGAAGUGGUCCUGAAAGUGGUUUUCACAUCAUUGUGGAUGACAAUCUUUGUAAACAAAUUCAUUACUGUUUUUUUUUUUUUUGGUUUUUGAGUUCACAUAAUACAAUUUCCUUGGUAAUUCUAACCCUUUAUUGACCAAAAAAAGCAUUCAGAGAGAGAAAUAAAAAUCAUGUUUGCAUUUUAAAUGCAUGCAUUUAAUUUCAUUGAAUCACAUUUGUCCCUUUAAAGUACCAUUCAGUGCUAGGAAAAAGUUUUUGUUCUUUACUGUAUGCAGAUGGUCACUUUCCAUGCCGUUUUGUUGUAUGCUUUCACAUUGUACAGUUGAAUUUUGUAUUUUAUAAUAAAAACAAAUUUCAGAAAAAUAUC